AUGGUGAGGGAAAGCACUGUUGAUGAGAGUGGAUUGCCUUUUGGUAUACUUGAAGGUGGAAGGUGUGAAGGUGUGAAGACUGUGACAGAAGGAAGACUCUUGGCUGGAAAGGAGAAGUUCCAUAAAUCCCAACAUUGGGGCUUUUGCAACAAUGUCAGGAUGCUUCUGAGUGAAGAGAAGCCUGGAAUAGGUGGAGAGCUGCUACCUGGGCAAAAGAUAAAGCCGAAACACACUGUGUAUCCCAAAGGAGAUGGAGACGAUGCACCAUCUUGGGUGGCUUUUGAUAAGCAGGUAUUAUCAUUUGAUGCAUAUUUGGAAGAUGAAGUGCCUGAUAAAAGGCAAGAAAGCCAUAGAAUAAGAUACUAUAAAAUCUAUUUCUACCCUGAAGAUGACACCAUUCAAGUAAAUGAACCAGAACUGAUAAAUAGUGGACUGCCUCAAGGCACUUCUAUCAGGCGUCAUCAGAUUCCUCUUCCACCUCCUGAUGAUGAUCAAUUUUAUACUGUGCAUCACUUCAAUAUCAGCAUAGAUGUUGUCUUCUAUGGACGCACGUUCAAGAUUUAUGACUGUGAUCCAUUCACUAAAAACUUCUUGAAGAAAAUAGGAAUCAAAUUGAAUCCUCCAGGACAGCGUCCAGUAGAUCCCUACAUGAAAAUGUGGAGAGAGACAUUAGAUUUCAUGCAACCCUUUCAUCCAUAUCAGCCUUUUGACAUCCAGAAACCGGCCCUCCAGUAUGAUGGGAAGGUUUUACGUUUCUUCUGCCUGUGGGAUGACUCAUCCUCAAUGUUUGGAGACCGUAGAGAAUUAGUCUUGUAUUACUUCCUGUGUGAUGGUACUAUUAAAAUCGUAGAAAUAAUUCCAAUUAAUUCAGGCCGGGAUGCUAAGCCAUUAUUCCUCCGGAGGAGUAAGCUUCCUAAGUAUGGCCCAACCAGAAUCUAUCAACCAGGCCAGAUAACCGAUCGAGCAGUUCUCAAUGUGUAUGGGGACUUAUCAGAGUGGCGAGCAGAUUGCUACCUGUGGGAUAAAUACCAGCUAGGAAAAAUUGAGCAAGAGUUUUACACAGACCGGGACCUGUCUAUAGGUGCCACCAUCAAUGUGUGGGGAAGAAAAGUCCUCCUUUGUGACUGCGAUGAGUUUACCAAGACCUAUUACAAGACAAAGUAUGGAAUUGAUAACUUUACGCCCAUUCCAUGCAAGCCUCCUCCUCUUCCAAAAAUAGAAAGGAAAUAUCCACCUUACAAUGGCUUUGGAUCUGAAGAGGAUUCUUUCCGUUCCUGUGUAGGCCUCAAGCCCACACCUCAUCGGAAGAACUUCAGAAAACUCAUGGAACUAGACAGCUAUGGAAACAUAAGCAAUAUACUCCGGUAUUUUGCAAAACUAAUCACAGACAAAUGUGCUGAUAUGGACAGGAUGUUUGUUAUUGCAUAUUAUCUUGGCGAUGACACGCUUUCAGUGUUUGAACCUAUAGAGAGGAAUUCAGGGAAUGCUGGUGGGAUGCUCUUAAAAAGAAGUCGUGUGAAAAAGCCUGGACAAGAAGUCUUUAAAAGUGAAUUUUCAGAAUAUAUCAAGGCUGAAGAGCUCUAUGUUGGUGCCAUUGUGAAUAUCAAUGGCUACCUGUUUAUUCUGCUUAAUGCUGAUGAGUAUACCUUAAAGUACAUGGAGAAUAAUACAGACAAGUUUCCAUAUAGCAACUUUGAACUUGCCAUACAAAAGCUGAAACAAGAACAAUCAAAAUUAAGAGAGAUCACCCAGGUAUUUUCAUCUGCUGACUCUAAUCACACGAAGAUGGUACCUUACAAUACAUUCAGAGAGAUCCUGAUGAACAUCACUGUGGGGAAGCUCAUAGAGCAGGAGUUCAUAACUAUUGCACGUCACUACCAUGUGCCUGAGAGCACGGAAACAGAUCUAACUUACUUAGUUGCACAGGCCCAUGAAAAGUUCAAGAAAAAUAUGUUUGAGAAUUUUGCCGUAUUCAUUUAUGAGUGUGAAUAUGAAGAUAGACAGAAAAAAGGUGUAUUACCCACCAAAGACAUUAAAAGGAUGUGCAAGUCCGCCAGACUACCUUUGAGUGAGGGCCUUCUAGAUAGCUUACUGUCUAGGUAA